AUGGAAAUAAAUAAUUCAGAUUUUGUUGCUAUAAUUGUUGAUGAAACUACUGACGUUGCCAACACAUUUCAAUUAGCACUCAUUUUUCGUUAUGAAAUUAAUGGUAAGCCUGUUGAACGGUUUUGGGGCUAUUCAAAUCCAGAAGGUCAUAAUGCUGAGUCAUUGACUGAAACUAUUUUAAAACAAAUUAAUCCAAUUCUAGAAAAAAAACCCUCAAAAUUGAGCGCUGCAGUAAUGAGUGGUCAGAAUUCACGAGUUAACGUGAGAGUAAGAGAAACACAUCCUUUUGCGAAUUUUAUUCAUUGCUACGCACACCAAUUAAAUUUAAUAAUAACCCAAGCUACAUCGCAAAAUAACCAUAUUAAAAUAUUUUUUUCUAAUUUAUCUGAGAUUCCAGUAUUUUUUUCUAAUUCUCCACAAAGAGUAACUGUUUUAGAUGACAUAGUGGGUAGUGGAUUGCCUACAGCAGUUCAAACACGUUAG